AUGGACAACACCAAAUUCACCGACGUCUUCGGCGACUGCUUCAUCAGCGGCUUCACCGAAGGCGGCGAGUUCAGCGCCAUCGUCAGCAUCAAGGUGAGCGACAAGUCGAAGGUCUCCGCCGUCAAAGCCGCCGCCGAGGCCGAAAUCGCCAUCGCGGCCGCGCCCGGCCUGUCCGUCGGGACGAAGAACGGCCUCGACAAGGGCAAGAGCGACGUCUGGGACGACACCGAGACCACCAUCUCCGUCAACUGGGCCGGCGGCGGGGACCUGAAGCCCGCGGACGAGAAGUGGGACCUGGCGACCGUGGUCGACGUGGCGACGCGGUUCCCGCACCUGGUGCAGACGUGCGCGCAGCGGACCUCGGCCGUCCUGACGCGGUACACGAGCCUGCGGAGCUUCAACGAGGCCGACGCGCGCAACCCGGCGGGGGACCGGUUCCGCAUCCUCGACUACGACCUCUGCUCGCUGUACACGCAGGAUCUCUUCAGCGCCUUCCUCGCCUACAAGGACAUCUGGGCCGAGCUGUCCGAGAUGAUGAAGAACCCGGACCGCUACCGCGAGCGGGACCCGGGCACCGAUGUCCCGGACCCGAUCACGUUGACACCGCGGAGCUUGAACGAGGCGAGGCUGCUGGCGCGCAAAGGGCUCACUCAGAUCACGGACGUGACCAAGGACCUAAUCUACAACCCGUCAUUGGCCGAUUUGGACGGGAACGGGAACCAAAGACCAGUGCCAUACGCCUGGCCCGGGGAGAUUAGGAAAAGGAUGCCGAUCCGACACCACGGCCUCACGAUCCGCGAGCAAGCCGACCUCGUGCGCCGCGACACCAACUACGGCCUCCUCACCGCGCAAGAAGUGUCCAAGAUCGGGCAGUGGGCCCGGGACGAGGACCUCGAAUUCGCGCCCCUGAUCGGCGACCGCCUGCCCGUGCCGACCUCCUGGCUGCACCGGCGCCGAGACAGCCUCUUCUGCACGCUGGACCAGGAGCGGAGCGCCAAGACGCUCGACCGCCUCACCCGCCUGCGCUUCCACGCGCACGAGUGCCGCUCCGUCAACUGGCUCGCCGUCAUCGGCCGGCAGACGCACUCGAAGCGAUGCCAGGGGCGCCUCUCCUCCAUCGGCUUCAGCACCGACGGCGAGAGCGCCGCGACGGCGCGCGACGACGGCACGCACCACGCCGUCGGCGGCCGGGCGAGCGCGAACCCGGCCUUCUGGUCGCAGCCGCUCGCGGACCUCGAGCGCGCCGCGGCGAGCAAGGUCCGCGUCGAGUACGAGCAAGGGUCCGGCUGCCUGGCGGCGCUCAUCGUGCUGGACGCGCACGGGCAGGAACUGACGAGCUGGAAGGAGUACGGGCAGGGGAAGGUGAGCAUGCCGGCGGGGCUCAAGAGCGUGGAGCAGGAGGCGCCGGACGAGAGGAGCGGCUGGGUCCUGGCCGGGUUCUGGGGACAUGACGAUUCGGUGGUGAUUACGAGUGUGGGGGCGAUUUGGCGGAAGGCUUGA